GAGCAACAACAACAGCGACAGCAACAACAGAAACGUCAAACGCAACCGCAAAACCCACCAACAUAACAAUAGAAACAACUGCAUCUACGUCCGAGUCGACAACCACUAAUAUGACUGUGCACUGCAUCUUUGUGGAUCCAAAUCAGUCCAGCCCUACUCCUGACCCUGUCCUGACCACCACAGCUGUUGUGUCCACCACCAACACCACCACAAAGGCUGUCCAUCCCCCAGAGAUCCCCCAGAGCAAGGCAGAGUACCCGCACGAUAUCUUCUCCAUAGAGGACCGACGUAGAGGCUGGGUGAUUCUCCACAUCUUCGGGAUGAUAUACAUGUUUGUGGCUCUGGCUAUUGUGUGCGACGAGUUCUUCGUCCCCACUCUGGGUGUGAUCACGGACAAGCUGGCCAUCUCGGACGACGUCGCUGGGGCAACCUUCAUGGCCGCCGGCGGUUCCGCCCCGGAGCUCUUCACCUCCCUGAUUGGCGUGUUCAUCUCCCACAGCAACGUGGGCAUCGGCACCAUCGUGGGCUCGGCCGUCUUCAACAUCCUCUUCGUGAUCGGGAUGUGCGCGCUCUUCUCCCGGGAGAUGCUCCACCUCACCUGGUGGCCGCUCUUCCGGGACGUGUCCUUCUACAUCCUGGGCCUCAUCAUGCUCAUCGUCUUCUUCCUGGACAACACCAUCAUGCCUUGGGAGAGCGCCAUGCUGAUCGGGUGCUACACCGUCUACGUGACCUUCAUGAAGUUCAACGUGCAGAUCGAGCAUGCCUUCAAGACCCAGCUCAUGAAGCACAAGAGCAUCGUCAAAGUCAUCGCCGUGGAGGAACCUGAGAAGGGCAAUGGAACUUCCGCUGCGGACAGUAGACCUCCUGAUCCAGAAGACAAGAACCGAUUGAAGUUGAAACCAGCACUGCAGCGUGGAGGAAGUUCUGCAUCGCUUCACAACAGCACCAUGAGGAGUACCAUCUUCCAACUGAUGAUCCACACACUAGAUCCGCUGGGUGAGGUCAAAUUCAAAGAUAAGGCCCAGCUUCUGAACAGCAUGGCCAGAGGAAAAUCAGACGCCAAAACGCAGGAGAAAUCCGACGGUACGUCAAACACACACCCUAUACUGUAUGCCCCCCCCCCCCCCCCCACACACACACACACAUUCAACCACCCGCCCACCCAUCCGGCAGCAAAAGACGAAAAGAAAGAAGAGAAAACAGAAGAAAAGGACAAGGAAGUGGCUGCUGCUGCACCAGAUGGUGGAGGAGAUGGCGAUGAGGAGGACAGCGAGGAAGACAGCGAUGAUGACAGCGAUGACAGCGACGACAGUGAUGACAGUGACGAUGAUGAGGAGGAGGAGGAGGGAGAAGGAGAAGGAGAGGAGGAGGAAGAGCCGGAGGAGCCGCUGUCGCUGGAGUGGCCGGACACGCCGCGUAAGCAGAUCACAUAUCUCUUCCUGCUGCCCAUCGUCUUCCCGCUAUGGCUCACCGUGCCUGACGUCCGCAACCCAGCAUCUAAGAAGUUCUUUGUUAUCACCUUUGUGGGCUCCAUCAUAUGGAUUGCAGUUUUCUCCUAUUUAAUGGUCUGGUGGGCACAUCAGGUGGGUGAGACGGUUGGCAUCUCCGAGGAAAUUAUGGGUCUGACCAUCUUGGCAGCGGGCACCUCCAUCCCUGACCUCAUCACCAGUGUGAUUGUGGCGCGGAAAGGCCUGGGGGACAUGGCUGUGUCCAGUUCUGUGGGCAGCAACAUCUUCGACAUCACAGUGGGUCUACCGGUCCCCUGGCUGAUGUACUCGUCGAUGCACGGCUUCAUCCCGGUGGCCGUGAGCAGUAACGGUCUCUUCUGUGCCAUCGUGCUGCUCUUCCUCAUGCUCCUCUUCGUCAUCAUCUCCAUCGCCGUGUGCGGGUGGAAGAUGAACAAGGCGCUGGGCUCGACCAUGUUCCUGCUCUACUUCAUCUUCCUGGUGCUCAGCGUCAUGCUCGAGGACCGCAUCAUCAUCUGCCCUGUGUCCAUCUGA